AACCAAACAGAUAUUUUCCUCUUUUUCUCAGUCGGAGCAAUUUAUAUCCAAACAACGGCUAAGCUGAAGCUUACAUCGCCCAUCAUUCUUCGGAACAGUAAAAAUCGGCGACUUCGAAUUCGAGGUUGAAGCAAAGAAGCAAACAUUUAAUUCCUUUGAUGACUUGUUAGCGAGUUCCGACAAGCCUGUUUUGGUUGACUUCUAUGCUACCUGGUGUGGACCUUGUCAAUUCAUGGUUUCAAUCCUCAAUGAAGUGAGUACUGCUCUGAAAGAUAAGAUUCAGGUCGUGAAAAUUGACACUGAGAAGUACCCUAGCAUUGCUGGUAAAUACAGAAUAGAGGCAUUGCCGACUUUCAUCAUAUUUAAGGAUGGGAAGCCAUUUGAUCGUUUUGAGGGUGCCCUCACUGCUGAUCUGCUUAUUCAACGCAUUGAAAAUUCAUUAAGUGUUAAGCAAUAGCUGUGCAGGUUCAACCAUCUUCUGUAACUGAACUGUUUGAUUGGAGUAAUAAACAUACAGGAGAUUGAGACAGCUUUCAUGUCCGUGCUUUAGAUAUUUCUUGAUAUAAAUUAUUUUGUAUGUGCAGAUGAAUUUUGUCACUGUUUCCAAGGAAUUUGAUGAUAUAGAAAGACAUUGUAUGCUCUGAGAUUGCCCAAUGGUUGCAUUUAUCCAAAGGGCAUCUCGUUUUGGUUGAUGGUAGAAUACAUUUAUUGAACUUAGCAUCAAUGUACUGUUGACUUGGAUCCUCUAUUCGGCACCAGAGUCUACUUUUGUUGACAUGAUAACAAAUCUUUGUAAUCUUUUAGACUAUCAGGCACCUCAUGUUGAUCAAACUGGCAUAGAUCUUUUUAGUGUAGCAUGGUUUUGUUUCUUCAUUAGCAUUCAACCCAAGGUGGUGAUUUCUAUGCAUACGGAAUCUUCUUUCACAUAUAGUUUUUAAUUUGGGAAAAGAUGAUUUUGAAUCAAACUCUUUGACUUAUCAUUUGUGAUUGAGUUAAUUAAUACACAUACUUUUAUCAUUGAAUCAAAUACUUGAUAUUUAGACAUAAAUAUUGACAUUAGUUUUUCCAAGAUAAAUAAACAAAACCAUAAGCUUAAAACAUAUCUCGUCCGUGACUGCCGUGUUGAAGUACUAAUUACAUAGUGGAGGCUGAGAGUCCCAUUCCUUGGAAUUUGGAUAAACCAUUAACCUAUUGGCAGAGUGGCAUUUACUAUGUCCAUGACUGGAGUGGGAGGGAAACAAGAGGAAAUGGAAAUGAGAGCAAAGCAAGACUUGGACUAUGGACAAGACAUAACCCCACCCAUUCUUCCUCUUUCCUCUUCCCUCUACGAUUCUUUCCUCUCUUCCCAUUGCUCCUCUUGCUUCUCCCCUCUCCCCCCUACCUUCCCCCAUAUUCCCCGCCAUGUCCCUCUCUAUUGCUCCCCCACCUGCUCCUCCUCCCACUCCCCUCUCCAUUCCUCCAGCGCCGAAUCGCUCCUCCCCCCCACCUGUCCCGACUCCUCCGACCUGCGCACAGCUCUCCGCCUCCUCCAAUCCCUCCCCUCCACGCCUCCCCAGCUCCACCGCAUUGACGGCCUCCUCACCAACCAUCAUAUGCUGACGUCGUCAUCUCCCGAAGUCGCAGCCAAAAUUCGGCAGGGAGCUAUAGCCAUGGCCGUCGCGAGGAAAUCACGAAACAGAGAUAACGAAGGACAAAGCGACGGCUUUUUACUGGAAGAGGCCGUCUUAAGCUUAGUCAUAACAAACGCCGUGGAAGUACAAGACAAGAGUGGGCGUUCUCUAGGGAUCGCCGUAUACGAUCUGAGUUUCUCUUGGAUCAAUCACAGCUGUUCUCCCAACGCUUGUUACCGAUUCUCAAUCUCGUCCCCCCAUGCGAGGUUGUCGUUUCGGGAGGAUUCCAGUUCCACGCUAAGAAUCGUUCCUAGCGUUUCAGGGGAAGAGUGUGAUGCUUGUAGCUGUGUUGAGCACACAAAAGGGAAUAAGGGAUACGAAUUAGGUCCUAAGAUUAUAGUGCGGAGUAUUAAGAGGAUUAGAAAGGGGGAGGAAGUUUGUGUUUCAUACACUGAUUUGCUGCAACCGAAGGCAAUGAGGCAAUCGGAGUUGUGGUCUAAGUAUCAAUUUACCUGUUCUUGUAGCCGAUGUAGUGCAUCACCUACAACCUAUGUUGAUCGUGCUUUAGAGGAAAUUUCUACUUGCAAUCUCAGCUUUUCAAGCUCAAGCUUCGAUCACAACCUUUAUAGGGAUGAGGCAUCUAAAAGGGUGUACAGUUACAUGGAUGAAACUAUAGCUGAGGUUUUGUCCGAUGGUGAUCCUGAAUCUUGCUGUGAGAAGCUUGAGAGCAUACUAAAUCUAGGUCUUCGCAUUGAACAAGUAGAAAGCAAGGAUGGAAAAUCACUGCUAACUUUCAAGUUGCAUCCUUUUCACCAUCUUGCUCUUAAUGCUUACACAACUCUCACUUCUGCAUAUAGAAUCUGUUCGAGUGACUUAUUGGCCCUCCAUCCAGACGUAGAUGAAUGUCAAUUGAAAGCAUUUGACAUGAAUAGGACCAGUGCAGCUUACUCUUUGUUGCUGGCAGGUGCAACUCACCGUCUGUUUUGCUCAGAAGCUUCUUUGAUUGCAUCUGCUGCAAAUUUCUGGACAAAUGCAGGGGAAUCUUUAGUAACCCUUGCUAGAAGCUCUCUGUGGAACUUGUUUGUGAAGUGGGGCUUUCCUAUCUCAGAAGUGUCUACAAUUGCAAAGCAUAAAUGCUCCAAGUGCUCAUUGAUGGACAUCUUUGAUACCAAAUCAAUCCUUAGCCAAGCACAGAGAGUGAAUUUCGAGAAUAUAUCUAGCGACUUUCUUGAUUGUGUGAGCAACAUGACAGCAAAGAUUUGGAGGUUUCUGGUUCGUGGUUGUCAUUACUUGGAAGUAUUUGAAGAUCCUUUUGAUUUCGGAUGGCUUGUACAUACAUGGGAUUUUCAUGCUCGUGCUAACCGCAAUGAUGAGGAUUCCAAAUUUAUAACAGAGGGUAGUAUUUAUAAACAUCAGGCACAAUGGUAUACUAACGAAAGAAGGAUACACGUGUACGAGGUUGGUAUCCAUUGCUUACUGUAUGGAGGAAUUUUAGCACACAUUUGCUAUGGACAGAAUUCCCAAUUAAGCACUCAUGUUUUGAGCAUUUUGUAUAAUGUAGAGAGCGUUGUACAUUGAUUCAGGAAACAAAUUAAAUUGUGAAUACAAGCAAAUUAGGCAUGCAAAUGUGUGUGAAAAAUAAAUCUUAAUGUUAUGUUUUCAGUAAUUUAAAUUUUUUUA